AUGGACCAGACCGGCAAGGGAUACGUGACCGUGACGUCGGUGCCGCCGAAGCGGCCGGCAGGGCGGACCAAGACGCUGCACCCGGUGUACCGCGGCGUGCGGCGCCGCGCGGGGCGGUGGGUGAGCGAGGUGCGCGAGCCCAACAAGAAGUCGCGCAUCUGGCUCGGCACCUUCGCCACCCCGGAGGCCGCCGCGCGCGCCCAUGACGUGGCCGCCCUCGCCCUGCGCGGCCGCGGUGCCUGCGUCAACUUCGCUGACUCCGCGUCCCUCCUCGUGGUCGACCCGGCCACGCUCUGCACGCCCGAGGACAUCCGCACCGCCGCCAUCGCGCUCGCCGAGGCUGCGUGCCCCGCCGCGGCCCAGGCGUCCGCGUCCGCGCCCGCCCCGGCGACGAUGACGAUGCAGGAUGCCGCGGCGGUGCCGUAUGACGACGACUACGGCUUGCAGUACGUUGACAUGGACCUGCAUUCCUACUACUACGAUGGGAUGGGUGCCGGCGGAGGCUGGAGUAUGAACGGAGACGAUGACGAUGACGACGACGGCGCCGGAGACAUUACGCUGUGGAGCUACUGA